AAACUGCCAGCUCAAACACGAGCUAGUCCACCAUCUGAACAAAGCUGAAGCUACUUCUCUUUCAAAUCGAUUCCCAUUCUUCAAGCUCACUUGUCGCAUUCCGUCAUGGCUGACGACCAAGCAAAAAAGCCCGCCGUGCUGAUUGUUGGUGGUCUUGGCUUCAUCGGCCGUCACCUUGCUCUGUAUAUCCACGAAAAUAACCUGGCCUCGGAAGUACGACUGGUGGACAAAGUCCUUCCCCAGCUUGCCUGGUUGGCCCCUGAGUUCCAAGAGGCUUGUUCGAAAGACAAAUUCGUUCAAGCUGAUGCUAGUCGGGAACAGCACUUCCCCCGUAUCUUUGAUCGUGCCAAUGGCGAGCAGUUCGACUAUGUGAUCAAUUGUGGUGGAGAAACCCGACACUCUCAGCCCGAUGAUGUUUACGAAGUUCGCAGCUAUGCCCUCACCGUUGCCCUCGGUCGCGAAGUCGCCCGCCGUGGCAUCCGCUCAUUUGUCGAAUGUUCGACCGCGCACGUUUACAAAGGUGGCUCGAGUCCGCGCAAAGAGGACGACAAGUUGCAGCCGUGGCACAAGCUCGCAAAGUGGAAGAUGAAGGCCAGUGAUGAGCUACAGAAGAUCCCCAAUCUUCACUACUGCUUGCUUCGGUUGCCUCACGUCUAUGGAGAAUAUGACCCUGGCUAUUUUGCUAUGGGCAUCUGUCUUGCACGAGUCCACCUCGAACUACAGAAGAACCUGGAGCUUUUGUAUACGAAGGACCUAAAGAUCAACACAAUUUACAUCAAAGAUGCAGUAAGUGCGCUCUGGAAAGCCGCAGAAUGGAGGGUCAGCGCCCCGACAGACGGGUCAGCACCCAUUGCUUUCAACGUCGUCGACCAUGGCGACACUCGCCAGGAGCACGUGGCCGACGCCCUAUCAGAGGUUUUUGGCAUGAAGGUCGAGUUCCUCGGUUCUUUGGCUUCUCAAUUUGCUAAGAUGAACUUGGACGAUGUUGUCGACGAUAUGAACGAGGAAUGCUUGCAGGGCUGGGCCGACCUGCUCGAAGAGAAGAAGAUCGAAAGACCAGGGCCAAUUAGCCCGUUUUUGGAAAGGGACGUGCUCAGGGACCAGGACAUGUCCAUCGAUGGCACGUUAUUUGAAGAGACCACGGGCUGGAAGCCUACCCGUGAGCGUUUCGACGCUGAUGCCGUUCGGGCCAUGGUUGACAGUUACAAACGAAUGGGCUGGUGGCCUUAAGACAUUCUGGCCGCCAUGAUCCCUGCCAGCCGCCACUUUCUCUGAACAUGGUUUCCCAAGUGUAAUCGCAACCAAUGCUGACGAUCCAAUCGCGUGUGCUCUGAUACCCCGACCGUGCA